AUGACGCACGAUUCGACCCAAAGCACUCCUAGCUCUCAUACAGCAGAUGGACACCUGAAGCGCCGUCCCCGAAAGCCACUAAGCUGUGAGCCCUGCAGGCACUCUAAACUCCGAUGCGAUCGUCAACUGCCCUGCGCGACGUGCUUGCGAAGGGGUUGGCAAGCCUCUUGCUCAUACGCCCCUUCGAGCUGCCGGCGCGCGCCUCAACGGCGGCGGGCUCUACCCCCUAUUAGCCGGCCCUCAUUGCAGCCACAGCAUCAGCCUUCCGAGCUAUCGGAGCCGGAGGGUGAGUCGGUCUUGCCCCGAAGUCAAAGUCCGGAGGCGAUCCAGAGCCGAUGGGAUGCCGUCCUAUGUCGGCCGCCGGUCGAGCCGACUCCCCCAGCUCCCACGGAUGUUCCCUUCACCUUGUCCUUUGGCCCAAGCAAGCCAGUCACCGAACUCCUUGCGGUGCUACCGCCUGACCCCGUCUGCGAGUAUCUAGUCACCCGUUACUUCGCAACACUCUCUCCACUUUUCCACAUUCUCCAUGGUCCGACGUUCCAGAAGCAGUACUGGGCGUUCUUACAAAAUCCUCAACAAGCGGAUCUCUCAUGGCUGGCACUUCUCUACGCCAUUUGCGGAUUGACUCUCAAGACUGUCCCUCCCACCGAUCCCGGUCUGUCAGAGCUAUGGGAAGACUCAUCUACGCCCCGGGAUCUUUCCGGCUUAUCACUUCGGUGUCGAGAGGCAGCCAUGAUGUGUCUUUCACAGGAUCAGUUCCUAGUCCGACACAAUCUCAACACUCUUGAAGCACUGCUGAUCCUGAUUCACACCAUCGCCAAUACUGAAGGAACUGAAUAUGGCUGGGUCCUGCUGGGAAACGCGUUGCAUAUCGCCAUCGCUCUCCGCUGCCAUAGUAAUGGUGAUGCGUCCAACUUCAUCGAAAGAGAGCGUCGCCGACGCUGCUGGGCGGGAAUUUUGAUCCUUCACACCGACCAGACACUUCUCUAUCGGGAUAUUGACUUGUCCUCUCUCGCCAACAUGAAAGCCACGAUGCCAGCCGACGCUAACGACGAUGAGAUACAAGAGCAUGCCAUCUUGACACCACCAGCUCAGGCUUCAUCCCGUCGAGUUACGCAUAUGUCGCUCAUCAGGUUUCACUUUCAACUCUUUCAACUAUCAACCCGAGUUCAUAGUCAUGUGUCCGGCCCAAACCAGCUCAAUGAAGCGGCACUCGGCCCAUUUGACGCCGAGAUAUCGGCGCAGCAACAGCAGUGGGACUCUCUGUAUCUCGUCAAUGGCGCAAGAAGCAUCUUGGAUACUGCGGGUUAUGCGCAUUGGUGCAUUCUACAGACCUAUGCACAUCAGCUUUACCUGCUUCUCCAUCGCCCAUUCCAUCACUCUCGAUCAACCCGAUUCCGACCAGAAUCCAGAGACAGAUGCGCUCAAUCCGGUUUGGCAUUGCUGGACAUACAUCGUCAAUUCUUCCAGCUUCCGAGGUUGAAGUGUUAUCGCUGGCUCGUCAAUGGCACAAUUAGCUGCAAUGCACUCCACGGAGCUGUUGCUCUCACUUCGUGCCUAUUGGAUAUGCCCAACGACGCCGACUUUACCGAGCACUUGGCGGUGAUUGAUGCUGCGGUAGUACGCUUAGAGUGCCUGAAAAGAAAGAGUCCAGCUUGUUCGCACAUUUACCCCAUCUUGCGCUGCCUCCAAUUACGCUUGUCACGAGCCUCGCCACCAUCUCCGGCCAGAGAGUUGGCCGAAAGUAGAUUUGAAGACUGGGUUAGCAACGUUGACUGGUUUAGGCCUGAUGCAAUAGAUUGGGACUUUUGGGAUGGAGACUUUUCCACCCCCCAGGCCGACGACGAUCUUACGGCCACUACUUAG